GUUUCCAGUAAGACAUUUCAGUUUUCAUUUUUCCUUCACUGCGAAAACAUCUAAAUUUUUACUCCAAUUUUUCUAGAUCAGUGCUUUUCUUAUAUCAAAAUCAUGGGUUGUGCUCCGGGUGGACCUUGUUGCGGAUCUUGCGGACCAUGUUGCGGGCCAUGUUGCGGGCCAUGUGGACCUUGUGGUCCCUGUUGUGGGCCUUGCGGACCGCGCUGUGGCCCCUGUGGACCGCGCUGUGGUCCCUGUGGACCUUGUGGGCCGUCAUGUUGCGAAAAGCGGAACGGUCUUCAGAAAUGCUGUUUUUGCUAGAUGACCUCCUAAAAACGUAGCUGAAAAAUGGAGUAAAACUGGAUUAUAUUACACCUUCCUAGGAAAUAAAGCAGAAAAAUGAAAACAAA